AUGGAAGAGGAUCCCUCGGUCUUUGACUACGACGGAGUUUACGACAAGAUGAAGGGGAAGAUUGCGCGCCCCAAGGUUCAGGAUCGAACGGAGCGAAAUAUCGAGGAGCAGCAUAAAAAGGCAAUGGAAGAGGAUCCCUCGGUUUUCGACUACGACGAGGUUUACGAUGAGAUGAAGGGGAAGAUUACGCGCCCAAAGGUUCAGGAUCGAACGGAGAGAAAGAAGACCUCGAAGCCAACUCCUCCUCGCCCUCCCCCUCAUGCCUUCGCUUUCGACGGCAGCGACGACGAGGAUGACAUCGAGAGGAAAAUCUCACGGCACGCGUCCAAGAACAAGUCUCUCCGGAAGAUCGAAGAGCAGCACAAACAGGCAAUGGAAGAGGAUCCCUCGGUGUUCGACUACGACAGGGUUUACAACGAGAUGAAGGGGAAGAUUGCGCGCCCCAAGGUUCAGGAUCGAACGGAGAGAAAGAAGACCUCGAAGCCAGCUCCUCCUCGCCCUCGUCCUGCCUUCGCUUUCGGCGACGGCGACGACGAGGAUGACAUCGAGAGGGAAAUCUCACGGCAGGCGUCCAAGAACAAGUCUCCCCCCAGAAGGUUUCUUAAAAUGAUAGAGGAGCAGCACAAAAAGGCAAUGGAAGAGGAUCCCUCGGUCUUCGAAUACGACGGGGUUUAUGACAAGAUGAAGGGGAAGAUUACGCGCCCCAUGGUUCAGGAUCGAACGGAGAGAAUGUUCGAGGAGCAGCACAAAAAGGCAAUGGAAGAUGAUCCCUCGGUCUUUGACUACGACGGGGUUUCCGACGAGAUAAAGGGGAAGAUUGCGCGCCCCAAGGUUCUGGAUUGA